AUGUGGUUCUGUGUGUUAGUAAGUAUUAUUGGAAUGAUCAAAAUCUUGUUUUUUAUAUAUUGUAGUUUUGUUCUUAAAAAUUCCUAUACAUUAAUUUGGAAAAAAGUAAUUUUGCUGUACAUUAUUUUGGAUGAAUUGAAUAAUUGUUAUUGGCCUGUCAUAAUGCUUAUAUAACGCCAUCAUAACCGAUAUGUAAGGUGAGAUCCUAGCAGAUUAUUUAUGUAAUGACAGACAAUUCUUUCAUAAAUGAUGAUGCUUAAAAUGUUUACCAUUUCAUGUUUAGUGAUAAUAGUUGUCGUUAGUGUUAGCAAGGCAGUGACGUGGAAGGCAAUAUUUCCUUGACAGUGUUUUUACACUGUUACAAUUACAAUGUAAUCAUUCUGACUGGCCACUUAUGAAGUGUUCCCAAUGAUCAAAGUAUACUACAUGUUUGGAGGUUUGACAUCAGAUCUUGAAAAAAAUAUCUGAUGAUGAAAUGAGAGUAUUAGUGAGGUAAUUUCAAAAUAUACACAUUUAUGUAAAGGAAUAUGAGUAUAACGGUAAGCGCCACUAACAUGUGCCACCAUCAAUAACAAACCUCUGUCUCGCCUUUGUCUGCCAGGUGUUUACGCUAGCCUGUUUUGACCCUACACAGAGUUGCAAAGAGGAGCUAAAAAAGGACCCUGAAAGUAGCUGCAACAAAUGUCCAGCAGGUAAGCAACACUGAGUAACACAAUUAGAAUUUGAGCAUGAACAGAAGUGGGGCUCGGUAGUUCCAAACUACAGCAUAUUGUAUUUUGCUGUAACUAUGUUUACAAUCUUGAUGUUAAACAGUGGAUAGUUUUAGGCAUUAAAUUACAGUGCCUAUAAAACAAUGUUUGUGCAACUCUGGUGAAGAUACAUAUACAUUGUACUGUAUUUCAACAUGUCUUUCAGGCUUUCACAAAGAUACGAAUACCUCCAAAUGCAGAAAAUGUAUCGGCCAGUCAUUCACAGCGAUACCAAAUGAACUGUCAGAAUGUAUUCCCUGUAAAAGAUGUGAUAUAGGAGGUAUGCAUUCUUCACUCCUAUUCACGUGACCAUUUCUGGACUGCAGUGUAAUAAUGAGUGCUGCAAUGAUUGUUCAUACACGUGUGUUUGUCUGUGUGUGUGUGUGUGUGCGUGCGUGCGUGCAUGCGUGUAGUGUAUAUUUUUCCCCCAGUUUGUGUUUAUGUGAUGGGAGUGAGACUGAGACAGUGUCUUCGCUGUGUCUUUGCAUCCUAGCAUCUCAAGAGGAGAAGAAAGGUUGUGAGCCCAAUAGUGACACUGAAUGUGGCUGCAAGGAGGGAUUCUAUCAAAAUAAAUUCAAAAAGUUCUUGCUCUGUGAAUCAUGCUCCAAAUGCAAAAACUGCAGUCUCUGUAAGUAUAACUCUUUAAUGGCCUGAUAAUAUUCAAAAUGUUGUGCAAACUGGAUACAGUCCUGCUGCAUUCCCUGCAGCCUCAAUAAUCCCUCAAUAAAAGGGUGGCAGGUAACCUUGCGGUUAGAGCGUUGGGCCAGUAACCGAAAGGUUGCUGGUUCGAAUACCCACGUCGACAAGGUAAAACAAUCUGUUGAUGUGCCCUUGAGCAAGGCACUUAACCCUAGUUUGCUCCAGGCAUGCUGUACUACUGUGGCUGACCCUGUAAAGCAACACAUUUCACUGCACCUAUCUGGUGUAUGUGACAACAAAACAUACAUACAUUGACCAGGUGAAAGCUAUGAUCCCUUAUUGAUGUCACUUGUUAAAUCCACUUCAAUCGGUGUAGAUGAGGGGGAGGAGACAGGUUGGAGUCAACAUGAGCCAGCAUCCCUGUGGAAUGCCUUCGACAACUUGUAGAGUCCAUGCCAGACGAAUUGAGGGUGGGGUUUUCCGAAUGUUUUGUAUACUCAGUGUAUAUACAGUUGAAGUCGGAGGUUUACAUACACCUUAGCCAAAUACAUUUAAUCUCAGUUUUUCACAAUUCCUGACAAUUAAUCAUAGUAAAAAUUCCCUGUCUUAGGUCAGUUAGGAUCACCACUUUAUUUUAAGAAUGUGAAAUGUCAGAAUAAUAGUAGAGAGUGAUUUAUUUCAGCUUUUAUUUCUUACAUCACAUUCCCAGUGGGUCAGAAGUUUACACACACUCAAUUAGUAUUUGGUAGCAUUGCCUUUAAAUUGUUUAACUUGGGUCAAACAUUUCGGGUAGCCUUCCACAAGCUUCCCAUAAUAAGUUGGGUGAAUUUUGGCCCAUUCCUCCUGACAGAGCUGGUGUAACUGAGUCAGGUUUGUACGCCUCCUUGCUCGCACACGCUUUUUCAGUUUUGCCCACAGAUUUUCUAUAGGAUUGAGGUCAGGGCUUUGUGAUGGCCACUCCAAUACCUUGACUUUGUUGUCCUUAAGCCAUUUUGCCACAACGUUGGAAGUAUGCUUGGGGUCAUUGUCCAUUUGGAAGACCCAUUUGCGACCAAGCUUUAACUUCCUGACUGAUGUCUUGAGAUGUUGCUUCAAUAUUUUCACAUAAUUUUCCUUCCUCAUGAUGCCAUCUAUUUUGUGAAGUGCACCAGUCCCUCCUGCAGCAAAGCACCCCCACAGCAUGAUGCUGCCACCCCCGUGCUUCACGGUUGGGAUGGUGUUCUUCGGCUUGCAAGCCAUCCCCUUUUUCCUCCAAACAUAACGAUGGUCAUUAUGGCCAAACAGUUCUAUUUGUUUUUUCAUCAGACCAGAGGACAUUUCUCCAAAAAGUACGAUCUUUGUCCCCAUGUGCAGUUGCAAACCGUAGUCUGGCUUUUUUAUGGUGGUUUUGGAGCAGUGGCUUCUUCCUUGCUGAGCGGCCUUUCAGGUUAUGUCGAUAUAGGACUCGUUUUACUGUGGAUAUAGAUACUUUUGUACCUGUUUCCUCCAGCAUCUUCACAAGGUCCUUUGCUGUUGUUCUGGGAUUGAUUUGCACUUUUCGCACCAAAAUACAUUCAUCUCUAGGAGACAGAACGCGUCUCCUUCCUGAGCGGUAUGACGGAUGCGUGGUCCCAUGGUGUUUAUACUUGCAUACUAUUGUUUGUACAGAUGAAUGUAGUACCUUCAGGCAUUUGGAAAUUGCUCCCAAGGAUGAACCAGACUUGUGGAGGUCUACAAUUGUUUUUCAGAGGUCUUGGCUGAUUUCUUUUUAUUUUCCCAUGAUGUCAAGCAAAGAGGCACUGAGUUUGAAGGUAGGCCUUGAAAUACACCUCCAAUUGACUCAAAUUAUGUCAAUUAGCCUAUCAGAAGCUUCUAAAGCCAUGACAUCAUUUUCUGGAAUGUUUCAAUCUGUUAAAGGCACAGUCAACUUAGUGUAUGUAAACUUCUGACCCACUGGAAUUGUGAUACAGUGAAUUAUAAGUGAAAUAAUCUGUCUGUAAACAAUUGUUGGAAAAUUUGCUUGUGUCAUGCACAAAGUAGAUGUCCUAACCGACUUGCCAAAACUAUAGUUUGUUAACAAGACAUUUGUGGAGUGGUUGAAAAACGAGUUUUAAUGACUCCAACCUAAGUGUAUGUAAACUUCCAACUUCAACUGUAUAUACACUGAGUAUACCAAACAUUAGGAACACCUUCCUAAUAUUGAGUUGCAUCUCCCCCUCAGCCUCAAGUCAACGGGGCAUGGACUCUACAAGGUGUUGAAAGCGUUCCACAGGGAUGCUGGCCCAUGUUGACUCCAAUGCUUCCCACAGUUGUGUCAAGUUGGCAGGAGGUCCUUUGGGUGGUGGACCAUUCUUGAUACACAUGGGAAACUGUUGAGCAUGAAAAACCCAGCAGCGUUGCAGUUCUUAACACAAACCGGUGCACCUGGCACCUACUACCAUACCCCGUUCAAAGGCACUUAAAUAUUUUGUCUUGCCCAGUCACCCUCUGAAAGACACACAUACAUAAUCCAUGUCUCAAUUGUCUCAAGGCUUAAAAAUCCUUCUUUAACCUAUCUCCUCCCCUUCAUCUAAAUUGAUUGAAGUGGAUUUAACAAGUGACAUCAAUAAGGGAUCAUAGCUUUCACCUGGAUUCACCUGGUCAUGGAAAGAGCAAGUGUUCUUAGUGUUUUGUAUACUCAGUGUGUAGAAUGUGUUUUUAUUUUUAUCCCCUCUCAAAGAGUGACACAUACGUGAAAUGGCCAGGUUUUACUCUAUGUACACUGCUUUCAUGUCCUUGACCAAAGACAUUUACAUUUAACAUUUUAGUCAUUUAGCAGACGCUCUUAUCCAGAGUGACUUACAGUUUUUAUUUUUAUUUUUUAUUUUAUUUUCAUACUGGCCCCCCGUGGGAAUCAAACCCACAACCCUGGCGUUGCAAACGCCAUGCUCUACCAACUGAGCUAAAUCCCUGCCGGCCAUUCCCUCCCCUACCCUGGGCCAAUUGUGCACCGCCCCAUGGGUCUCCCGGUCACAGCCGGCUACGACAAAGCCUGGAUUCGAACCAGGAUCUCUAGUGGCACAGCUAGCACUGCGAUGCAGUGCCUUAGACCACUGCGCCACUCGGGAGCAUAUUCAGUUUUCUCCAUGACAUUCAUUAAUGUUUUAAAAUAACAUGUUAAAAUGUAAGCAGUGUCGAAACCAGAAGGAAUAAGAUAAACAAUGUUUUUGAAUGAACAAAUAUAUGUGUUCACGAUAAAUGUGUCCAUGAUACUCUCUAUUCUCAGAAUUGUCCCUGUAUUUUCCCCUCAGGUUCCGUGUGUAAAUCAGGCUUUAACAAAGACGAGUUGAAGCGAUGCCAACCAUGCCAAAUGUACGACCACCAGAUUCCAGCUUCUACAAUAUUUAUACAUUUAGUAACCGAGCAUAUGCACCACCCUUUUUGUUUAGCUCUGACAAUACAAUAUUCUGUAGUAACAAGGAGUAAUGCUCACAUACUUUACAGUCUCACCAAACCAUAACAUUUUGACACUGGCAAUGACCAUAGAACAUCCUAGAAUUUAUUUAUAUUCACCUCAGACACGUUCACAUGGUUUCACAUUGAGACCUUGAUUGUGUCACAAAUAGCACCAUAUUCCCUAUAUAGUGCACAACAUUUGAUAUAGGCCCUGGUCAAAAGUAGUGCAAUAUGUAGGGAACAGGUUGCAAUUUGGGAUGCAUCCAUACUAUUCAGCAAAACCCCUCAAAACUCACAGUUCUUUUGAUGUAGACUUGAUAUCCCUGAAAUGACUCAGCCAUGAGUUUUAAUCCAGUCUACUAGAGAAUUAAAGUGUUCUGUUGUUGAAGUACACCAAGGAAGCACAGUUAUUUGUUGGAUGCUGCUAAAAGAUCAAUCAGAUCCUGUAAUGGCAUGCAUUGAGGCCAGUGGGUUGAGAACUUCCUCUCAAAGCGAAGCUUUAUAAGAUUUAUAAGAUCUGAAGUUCCUGAACAUACUAUCUAUGUUUCUAAGGUACUCUCGGGUUUCUGGUCAUUAAUGUUCUAAAGGCACACACACAUAUCACAGAUACAAGAUACAUUUUCAACCCUUCGGAUUUCAGUAAAAAAUCACAACAUACAAAAAAUAUCUGUAUGCAAACCUUGCUUUCAUUAACAGUUUGUAAAUAGUUGAUCCAUCUGUCUUUCUCUUUGUCCAUUUUUUAAAUGUUCACGUAAAAAUGAUAUUGGUGUCAUAUGAAACAAAUAGUUAUGAAUGUCAAUAUGAUAUAGUUGUCUGGGAAAUCCCUUCUGGUUUUAAUGUGUUUUUCUGUCUUCAUAUAUCAGGAAAGAGUGCACCACUACUUCAACCCCCAAACUCCCAAACUCAACACCCAACCCUACCAUCACCAAAAAUAUAGACACUUGUGAGUUCCACCAAUACCUUUGCUUCCACAGAUCUUUUAGUUCUUUCAGUGACCUCAUGAAGCCUUCAUAAGCUUUCAUAAUCCUUUCAUAGCACGUAUUGUUGACAGUCAGACAGCCUUGAGACACAACAAGCAGCACCAAGUAGUAUAAAACAUUAAACUUUUUACAAUUAUAACACAUUGUCAUGUCAGUUACCAUAAGUGUAAGUCAACUCAAAUGGUAACUAUUACAGGUGUUAAUUGAUAGCAUUAAUCAUAAUACAGCAUUAGUGCAUCAUAUUGCCGAUUUACUAUGAUGUAAAAUACUCUCCAGUAAGUAGAAUUUCUACUCCAUGCCAACAAUUUGCUCUAGUUGAAUCUUUUUGCGCUCUAAUCUACAUUCUUCUGAUCCCUCUUAAAUGUAGUCAGAUAGUACAGUUAUUUUUGUGGUAUGAAAUAAACGCCAUUGAUGGUUAUACUUGUCUGUAUCCUCGACAGCUCACCUCCUCUACAACAUUAUGUAUGUCCUUCUGGUUCUCCUGGUCACCACUCUGUUAAUGGCCUGUCUCCUGGUCCUGACUAAGGGUGGAUGGAGGGGACAUAGCUGUUGUGCAAACCCUGAAAAGGAAUUCCAGUUGCCUACAAGGGACACCUCAGCCAAUGGUAAUGAUAAAAUAUCCAGGCAGUCAGUAACCCAGUUGACUUGCUUGUCAAUUAAACUCUGUAGCCAAUGGCCUAAUGAGACGUGAUCCCUUAGAGUGGUAUAUUGAUAUAAAUGAUAUAUACAUAGAAGCAAAAAUAUUUUUUUAGUUAUUUUUUUUACUAAAGAAGUGUUGAAUGUUAUACUUGGUUUACAUGAAAAUGUGUGUAAUUCUUAGCACUCCAACUUUAAUCAUGUUAUUAGCAGCAGUGGUGUAGUGGAGGCUUAUACGCAGGUAUACGCCGUAUACCCACUUAUUUUUCAGUGGGCAUUGUGUAUACUCACGUCUUAAUCCCCACGAUACGUAUCAAAGUAGGGUAGUGGAGGUAUACGCCGUAUCAAUUAGUAAGGCGUAUACCCAAAAAAGGGAAAUAUCUCAAACCUGUGAAUUUCUGACUCUGUUGACAGCCUCAUUCAUCUGUUUCAAUAGUAGACCUACUAUUAGCCUACUUGCACAGUACCGCUUGGGUUGGUCUGACUGUGAAAGAGCAAUGUGGGAUUUAUCAUUUCAGGUCAUUCAGAGUGUAUGUCACUGUUUCUCAUAGAAGUUUUCACACAGGCUGCCUUUCCUUCCCCGGGUGGGCCGUUAGGAAAAAAUUGGCAAAAUUAGAGUAUACCCACUUCUCCAGGCACCACUACACCCCUGAUUGGCAGUUGUUAUUAUUAGUCAUGUUUAAUCUUAAAGAGCUCUUGUGCGAAUACACAAGUUAUUCAUUGCAACAGUUGCUGCAGGAAACUCUGAUAUAUGUCUUUAACUCAAACAGAUCAGCUUCGUCAUCAGCCAAACUGCCAAACUUCACUGGUAAGUAUCAGUUUCUUACAUUACAUUUGGAUAAUGAUCAGCGAAAGUGUUAAAAAGGAAGCAGAUGAUACAAAUGAUAAAGAACAUGAGAAAACAUAUUUUAUUCACCUGUAGGCCGGUCCUGACUAGCAGGUGUGAAACCUACAUUACAUUUAGAGUUGGAAUGUCCAGCAUACCAUUUUUCAAUAUAUAGUCUUUGUCUGCUUUUAAACCAGUAAGAAAGCAUCUAGUUCAGCAUCUCUUUUGAUAUGUUACCAUACCUAUACCGUAUGUGUGCAUGGACACUUUGCUGCUCUGCUUAGCCAGACAGAUGCUAACGAUUUUUGUCUGUCUGCUGUCCCUACCAAGACGCUGAACAUUACUGAUGGGAUUCCUAUGAUGACCCUCGCUCACAGUGCUGCCAAGACUGAGUAUGACCCCCUUGUCACACCCCUGCUGCCAGACAGAGAGCCCAGAGGUAAGUCUUUGAUGUAGUUUGUCUGUCUUCAAUGUACAGGUAACUGACAAAAUAAAGGAAACACCAACAAACACCUAGAUUCUACUAUUGUCUGGAACUCUUGUGGAGGGAUGUGACACCAUUCUUCCAUGUGAAAUGCCAUUAUUUGGUGCUUUGUUGAUGGUGGUGGAAAAUGCUGUUUAAGGCCCUGCUCCAGUAUCUCCCAUAAGUGUUCAGUUGGGUUGAGAUCUGGUGACUGAGACACACACACACACUCUCACACACACACAUACACUCUCACGCACACACACACACUUAAAACCCCCUAUGCUCCUUUGAGACCUCUUUCAAAGUCACUGAGAUCUCUUCUUCUAGCCAUGGUAGCCAAAAUAGUGGGCAACUGGGCAUGUUCAUACAUGACCCUAAGCAUGAUGGAAUGUUAAUUGCUUAAUUAACUCAGGAACCACACCUGUGUGGAAGCACAUGCUUUCAAUAUACUUUGUGUCCCUCAUUUACUCACGUGUUUCCUUUAUUUUGGCAGUUACCUGUAGUUUGUCUGUCUCCAAGUGUGGCUUUGCCAUCAGCCUUAGUUUGGCAACAUUGCAUGUAAGCUGCUCUAGCAAGCUACCUGGACCACCUAUUGAGUGCCUUUUGUUAACCCUUUAUACUCGUGGGAAUUUUCCUAUAUGUAUAGGGCUACAUUGAAAUGUUUCUUACAGAAGAAAUAUGAAAAGCAUAUGCAUAACCAUGGUAGCAAUUGAAAGGGAACAGUUUGGAAAUAAUGUGAAAAUUAUUAGACCAAAGGUGAGUACACAACAGUUCAACCUGACACAAGACUGAAUCCAAACAUCACGCUGUUGAUUUUAUGUGCAUUUUAUAUUUAGUGUACUUUCCGUGGCAUUUGUCGAUAGUGGAAAUUCAAAAAUACUCUGGAUACAUUCAGUAACAAAAUAAGACUAUUCCUGGAAAAUGUGGGGUAGGUGCAACAUAAGACCAAAAACUUACAAGGGUUUGAAUGAGAGGAGUAACUGGUGUCUCCAAGUGGCCACACACCUCUCCAAAGUGUGCACAGUUCCUAAGCAAUUUCAAUGCACUUUUAUGACUCAAAGAAGAAUCUUGAACUAUAAGGUACUUUUUUCUUUAGCUCUCCUAGAGGUGUCGUUGACGAACUAGAGCAAGCACACUUGUAGUUGUUUAGUUUGGAACGCAACCCUGCAUCCCCGCCAUCACACAAUGACGAAAAACGGUCCAUUAUAAAUCGGAAUCUGGGUCAGGUGGGCAUGAUUUGAAAUCUUGUUCUAUUGCCAACAUGACUUGCGUAAAAUAUGAUCUUACAGUGUUAGGCUUUCACAAGGCAAUUCAGGGAUGGGGGCAACUUCUUGUCACGUGCGGUGCUCAAGAUCAGAACAGCUGUCAGUGAAAACCAAUUUGGCGCUGUGAAGCGCAGAGCCAGUGCUCUGACAUCAUGUAUAGCAUGUUACUGUACAGUCACUACGUUCCAAUUUAGACGCUUAUUAGUGGCCAAAUCUGCCAUUUUCAACCCGUAUACGGGUACGAGUGUAAAGGGUUAAGUAAAUCAGGUGAUAAAUAAAGUGAAAAGGCACUGGAGUAGGACUUUAAGGUUGGGUGCAUAAGCUUGGAUUUAUAAUAAAUGUAUAUUAUAUAAUGUAGAUGUUUCGCAUAUCAGAAGUAAAAGUCCCUGUACUCUUGAGAUAUGAUGGGACAGACAUCCCAUCGAGCACAUUUCUGAGUAGUGUGUGUACUACAGCAUAGCAAUACCUAUCCUGUCGCUUUGGUGUGGGUAGAAUCUGUACUGUUGUGUACUCAGAAUCAAAACAACCGCAUUUCCUUAAAUACCUCAGCGUGUCAGCAUAAAACGAAUCUCUGGUCAGCCACGUGGAAAUGUGCAUGCAUCUGUAGGUGUCAGAAAGAAGCUGAGGUUCAGAGGAAUUGGCAAAUCAAAUAGCGAGAAGCAGCCUUCAAUUGCUCGGCCUUUAACAUUUAAGGCUGUUGCCUUAUCCUUCUUGCAAAUUACACGCUGAUUCCAACAUCCGUUCCACUGAAAAUAUGCACAGAAGCAUCUACACCAAGCAUCAAAGCGUGAUGUUGGUUACAGUAGUUUCAGUGACAAAUUAUGAUACGUGUAAAGGUUUGUCCCGAGUCUUUCCAUCCUGUUUUUGAUCUUCUAAUCUCAAAUGUAAGGCUACGUUUUUUGAGAUUUCAGUCAAAAACCCAUGUUUCUGUCUCUUUGAGGUGAAAUAGUAUGACCACGUCUAGCUUACGUGAAAAUUGCUCAUGGUUGUCAACUUCAGAAUUCUCCUGCGGUGAUGUUGUAAGGUUAUGGUGCAUUUGAGGGGCCCCUUUGUGGUAUAGUUCAGCUUGCAUGUCAUUUCCUUUACAACAGUUGACUGGGGUCCAGACUAGGGCUUCCCCCACAAAAACAAAUAUACUGGACUGGGAUUGUGCAUAGUGUGCAAAUACCUUUAAAAUCAAAAUACAAAAAUGCUUGUUAGAAAUAAACUAUGAGCAUCACACUUAUCAGGUCUCAUAAUUUACACAAGCGAGACAAGUUUAGCCGUUUCUGUUGAAAAACAAGUUAAAACACUUUUCUCACUCAUAAAACGCAUUAUCACAGCACAGAGGUUUCCUCAUACCCCACAAAUGACCUGAUUACAUUAUUGAUUGAAUCUUGCCCAAACCCACUAUUGCUUCUUUGCUCACUUAAAUGAAAACUCCACCCAGAAACUAUCUUUUGGUAUUUCUUUAAUUAGUCCAUUGUUGACAUACAGUGCUAUGAAAAAGUAUUUUCCCCCUUUCUAAUUUUCUCUACUUUUGCAUAUUUGUGAUACUGAAUGUUAUCAGAUCUUCAACCAAAACCUAAUAUUACAUAAAGGGAACAUAAGUGAACAAAUAACACAACAAUUACAUAUUUAUUUCAUUUAUUUCAUCAACAAAAUUAUGCAACACCCAAUUCCCCUGUGUGAAAAAGUAAUUGCCCCCUUACACGCAAUAACUGGUUGUGCCACCUUUAGCUGCAAUGACUCCAACCAAAUGCUUCCUGUAGUUGUUGAUCAGUCUCUCACAUCGCUGUGGAGGAAUUUUGGCCCACUCUUCCAUGCAGAACUGCUUUAACUCAGUGAAGUGUGGGUUUUCAAGCAUGAACUGCUCGUUUCAAGUCCUGCCACCAUAUCUCAAUUGGGAUUAGGUCUGGACUUUGACUAGGCCAUUCCAAAACUUCAAAUGUGUUGCUUUUUAGCAAUUUUCAUGUAGACUUGAUUGUGUGUUUUGGAUCAUUUUCUUGCUGCAUGACCCAGCUGCGCUUCAGCUUCAGCUCACAGACUGAUGGUCUGACAUUCUCCUGUAGAAUUCUCUGAUACAGAGCAGAAGUCAUGGUUCCUUCUAUUAAGGCAAGUUGUCCAGGUCCUGAGGCAGCAAAGCAUCUCCAAACCAUCACACCACCACCACUAUGCUUGACAUUUGGUAUGAUGUUCUUACUGUGGAAUGCAGUGUUAGGUUUUCAUAGCACUGUAGUCCCAAAAUGUUUUGCAUCAUAUAGGGAUUAUUUCUGUAUUUUGAACGUUACAUAUCUUGAAAACUUGAGUUUUUAGGUGGAGUUUUCCUUUAAGCACUUUGCAAGAAUCUCUCCACCUGUUACCAUCCUGGGCCCGUAUUCAUAAAGCUUCUCAGAGUAGGAACGCAGAUCUAGGAUCAGUUUAGCCUUUUAGAUAAUAAUAAAUAUGAUUUCAUGGACACGGGAACCCUUAUCCUACAUCAGCACUCUGACUCUGAGACACUUUGUGGAAAAGGGCCCUCAUCCCCUCCCUCCCAUUUACCUCUCUUCCUCAGUCCCUCGCCAGGACACCCAGGAGGAGCACUGGCCCGCUACGGUGUUGUAUGCCAUCAUCAAGGAGGUGCCUCUGCGGCGCUGGAAGGAGUUCCUACGCGUGCUCUCCCUGCCUGACCGGCAGCUGGAGCGUGUGGAGCUGGAGCCAGGCCUGGGCUCUAUUGAGAAGCAGUACCAGAUGCUGCGGCUGUGGAGCCAGGGCCCGACUGCAAGUCUGGAGGACGUGUACUCUGCCCUGCUCUACAUGGACCUGGCUGGCUGUGUCUACCAGCUGCAGGAU